AAGAAGACAAAGCAGCUUCUGCAUUUUUUUUUCCCGCAACAUCAUCCCAAAUCCAUUUCCUACAAAGCUUUUACAACAUUUUUCAUACAAUUCCGCCACAAAGAAACAGUAAGGCAAGAUGAAUAAAAUAAAAACUGGGUAUUGGCCUUGAAAUUGGCAAAUCUAUCGCCACUUGCUCCUCCAACUUUCCUUCCCAUCACAAAAUGUAUGAAAUGGAAAUCUAACAAACUCAACAUAUAUGCUUUACAGUUUUAGACACGCCCAUCAUUCGCAUUAAUCCAAUCCAAGAGAUGGAACUCUCUUCCCUCCCCUCCGUUUCUCCUCUCGCUCUAUGUCACCCAAAGCCCGGGAGUUCUGCUACGUUGCCUUUCUUGCCGUUUUCGAUUCGUAAAGGAGCUAACUUUGGCUAUUCUCUGUGUAUACGGGCAACUUUGAGAAAUUCAUGUAAUUCUGCUCAAAAUAACUUUUUGCAUAUUUCAAGGACGCAUGAGGGUGUAUCUCGGUGUUAUGUUAACCCAAAGGAGGGUUUAAAUAGAUCGUAUUAUAAUAGUAAAUUACAUAACCAGAACAAAAUGUCCAGAUACAUAGUUGCGAGAUCUGAAUUUGCUGGGACUGGAACCCCUGAAGCUGCCUAUUCUUUAUCAGAAAUUAAACUGGGUUCAAAAGUUAGAGGAGUAUGCUUUUAUGCUGUUACAGCAAUAGCAGCUAUUUUACUUAUUUGGUUUAUGCUGGUUUCGCAUCCCUUCGUGCUCUUGUUUGAUCGCUACAGAAGAAAAGCUCAGCAUUUUAUUGCCAAACUUUGGGCUAUGGCAACAGUUGCUCCUUUUUUUAAAAUUGAGUUUGAAGGAUUGGAGAAUCUGCCUCCAGAGGAUGUUCCUGCCGUAUAUGUUUCCAACCACCAGAGUUUUUUAGACAUCUAUACACUUCUAACUCUUGGAAGAAGCUUCAAGUUCAUCAGCAAGACGGGGAUAUUUCUUUAUCCCAUUAUUGGGUGGGCCAUGUCUAUGAUGGGUCUAAUUCCAUUAAAGCGCAUGGACAGCAGAAGCCAGUUGGACUGUCUUAAGAGAUGUAUGGAUCUCAUCAGGAAUGGUGCCUCUGUUCUUUUCUUCCCAGAAGGCACACGGAGUAAGGAUGGGAAGCUAGGUGCUUUCAAGAAAGGUGCAUUUAGUGUUGCAGCAAAAACUGGAGUGCCUGUCGUUCCUAUGACCCUAAUCGGCACAGGCAAAAUCAUGCCUUCAGGACUGGAGGGUGUCAUAAAUUCAGGAUCUGUAAAAGUUGUUAUUCAUAAGCCGAUCAAAGGAAGUGAUCCAGAAAUAUUAUGCAAUGAAGCUAGAAACACAAUUGCAGAUACACUUAAGCAUCAAGGCUGAGAAACUGGCUGGCCGCUAUGACCUCUGAUUUUAUGGCUCAAACUUACUCCUUUGGUGCUGAUUUAAGGAACAUGAUUGAAAGUUUAGGCUCUUCGAGAUUGUAUCUGGGACCAUUACAUCCUAUGUUUCCGACUGGCAGUAACAACUAACAAGAUGGCCAAUCUACCAGCUUAAGUUGGCAUCAAAAUUUUCUUCCAUGUCACGUCCUGCAGUUUGUGGCCAUUCUGGAAUAAGAGUCUGAAAAGGAAUUUUGCUGUACCCGGAUAGAACUUGGUUGUGUAUUAUUUUGUCAAAAACUACCUGCAUCUGGGGGCUACAAAAUAAAAAGAUAAAACUAUUCUGAAGAGGUCAUUCUCAUGGCUCUUUUCUUUCACUC